AUGUCCAGCAAAGAUGAUCAUAGAGUGAAUAUUACUGAUAUUCUGAUCAUUGUUCCUAUCUUUGCACAAUGUAUGGGUAUGUUCAAUUACAUGAUUCCUUUCUUUCAAUCGUUUUCAGAAGCUCGAGGUGCAGCAGCAGAGGUGUUUCGACUAAUUGAAGAAGGAAAUAAUGUAGAUGUUAAUGAAAAAGUGGUAUGGAAAGAGUACACAGAAUCUUUUUAUAAUAUCGAUGGUGAUAUUGAAUUUGACAAUGUUAACUUCACUUAUCCAUCUCGAAAAGAUGCAUCAGUUCUACGUAACCUCUCUUUUAUUGCUCGUGCUGGUCAGACAACUGCUCUUGUAGGUUCAAACGGCUCUGGAAAAAGUACAUGUAUAUCACUUUUUCUUCGUUACUAUGAGCCUUCAUCGGGUCAAAUCAGAAUCAGCGGUCAACAGUUAACAGACUACAAUGUCCAACAACUUCGACAAAGCAUAGGAGUUGUUAAUCAAGAACCUAUUCUGUUUGGUAUAAGUAUUUAUGAAAACAUUCGAUUCGGUAAAGUGAAUGCAACACGAGCAGAAAUUGAACAAGCAGCAAGAGAUGCAAAUGCGCAUAAUUUUAUCAUGCAAUUACCGAAUAAAUAUGAAACACUUGCAGGUGAACGUGGUAUACAGUUAAGUGGUGGUGAAAAACAACGUAUUGCAUUAGCUCGUGCUCUUGUCAAACAGCCUAAAUUCCUUUUAUUGGACGAAGCAACAAGCGCACUUGAUAAUAUUAGUGAAAGACUAGUUCAAGAAGCGCUAGAUCGAGCAUGCAAAGGUCGUACAACUAUUGUAAUUGCUCAUCGUCUGACUACAAUUCAAAAUGCUCAUCAAAUAUAUUUAUUAGAUAAUGGAAGUGUAAUUGAGCAAGGUACACAUAAAACAUUAAUGGCAAAACAAGGAGGUCAACGUGUGGCUCUUGUUGGUACAUCCGGAUGUGGAAAAUCAACAAUUAUUCAACUAUUGGAACGAUUCUAUGAUACUACUAGUGGUCAAAUACUUCUUGAUGGUGUUGAUAUUCGGUUACUAAACAUUCAUUGGCUUCGUUCUCAUUUUGGUCUUGUUAGUCAAGAGCCAGUUUUGUUCGAUUUAACAAUUGCUGAAAAUAUAGCAUAUGGCUUAGAAAAUGUUCCAAUGGAACAUAUCAUCAAUGCAGCAAGGAAAGCUAAUAUUCAUCAAUUUAUUGAUCGGUUGCCUCAGAUUGCACCAUCAUAG